AUGCCUACUUUCAACCCUUUAUACGAUGCGGCUAUACCAAGGCUCGAGGCGGUCGCUGACUUAGCAAUGGACAAAGUGCAACAAGGCAUCUCUCAAGUUCGUGAAUUCGGUACCGGCUACCAGUUCUAUCUGGACAAAAUAGUUCCUCACGUCCGAGCACGAUGGUUCGUACUUGUGGCUCUUAUUGAGCUGUUUAUGCUGCGCAUUUUACUGUCACGGGGCUGGUAUAUUGUCUGCUACGGACUGGGCAUUUACCUGUUGAACCUGUUUUUGGCGUUUUUGACUCCUAAAUUCGACCCUUCUCUCGAAGAUGAUCUGAGAAGUACCGAGGAAGAAGAAGGCACCCUCCCUAACAACGAAAGCGACGAGUUCCGCCCGUUUAUUCGUCGUCUACCCGAGUUCAAUUUCUGGUAUAAUGCAAUCCGAGCCACCGUCAUUAGUUUGGUACUGACUUGCUUCUCUUUCACAGACUUGCCCGUAUUUUGGCCCAUCCUGCUUGUUUAUUUCAUUAUUCUCUUCAUUUUGACUAUGCGUCGGCAAAUUCAGCACAUGGUUCGUUACCGGUAUCUUCCGUUUAACAUUGGCAAGAAAAAGUUCACUAACUCGACUUGA